GAAGGCCCGCGCGAGCAGCUAGCGAGCUAAAUCUGAACAUUUACGAUACUUUCACUAUCGUUACAUUUUUAUUUUAUUUUACUGUGAUUCGUUUAUUUUGCACGCGACCCCGUUAAGUGGUCACGGUAAUUUUCAGAAUGUCCUUCCCUCCUCAUUUAAACCGGCCGCUGUUGCCCCCUCCUGGGAUCCCUCCUCAGUAUGCUGGUUUCCCCACAGGAGCUCCAAUGAUCCCCGUUCAUAUGGGCAUCAUGGCGCCUACCCCUGUCAUGGUUCAGUCUGUUCCAAUUGUCAGUAAGCCUCCAAUUCCAAGGAAGGACAUUUCUGCUAUGCGAGCCAAAGAUGACGAGAGUAGUGGACCCACCACCACUGUAUUUGUUGGGAACAUAUCAGAAAAAGCUUCAGAUAUGCUGAUCAGACAGUUGCUGGCGAAAUGUGGUAUUGUUUUGAGCUGGAAGAGAGUCCAAGGAGCCUCUGGCAAGCUUCAAGCUUUUGGUUUUUGUGAAUACAAAGAGCCAGAGUCCACCUUGCGAGCUCUGCGAUUGCUUCACGACUUGGAAAUUGGAGACAAAAACUUGCUAGUAAAGGUGGAUGCAAAGACUAAAUCUCAGUUGGAUGAGUGGAAGGCCAAGAAGAGGACUGCCAAUGGGACGACAAAGAUGGAUGAAGGAGGCAAUGAAGAAGAAGAGGUUCUUGAUGAGGAAACAAAGAGGAGAGACCAGUUUGUCAAAGAGGCUAUUGAUGGAUUGAUGCUGGAAUAUGCUGCAGAACUUAACGCACCUUCUCAGGAUGAAGAGUCCCAACGACGAAAAAGAAAAAGGGAAAAGAAAGAAGAGGAUGAUAUUAACACCAUUGACAUUGAAGAGGACAAGAGAGACCUGAUUUCCAGAGAAAUUAGUAAAUUUCGUGACACUCACAAGAAACUGGAGGAGGAGAAGGAUAAGCGGGAGAAGGAGCGGCAGGAUUUUGAGCGGGAAAGGAGGGAGCGUGAAAAGGAGCGAGAACGGGAAAGGGAACGGCGGGACCGCGAGAGGGAGAAGGAGCGAGAGCGGGAGAGAGAGCGAGAGAGGGAAAGGGAGCGAGAAAGAGACAAGGACCGCGAUCGCAAGACCAGAGAAAGAGAGAGAGAGAGGGAGCGAGACUGGGACAGAGACAGGAGCCUGGACAGGAGCGCUGACCGCAGCCGAUCGAGAGAGGUGAGUCGUGACAGAGAGAGAGAAAAAAAACGGGAUCAAGAGGAUGAAGAGGAGGCUUACGAACGCAGGAAGCUGGAAAGAAAACUCAGAGAUAAGGAAGCGGCAUACCAAGAGCGAUUGAAAAACUGGGAGCUGAGGGAGAGGAAGAAGUCCAGGGAUUAUGCCAAGGAGGCCGAAAGAGAAGAUGAGCGCAGACGAGAAAUGGUAAAAGAAGGCAAACGGUUGAAAGAGUUUCUUGAAGACUAUGACGAUGACAGAGAUGACCCCAAGUAUUACAGGGGCAGUGCGCUGCAGAAGCGUCUCAGAGACAGAGAGAAGGAGAUGGAGGCAGACGAGCGUGACAGGAAGAGAGAGAAGGAGGAGCUGGAGGAGAUCAGACGGAGGCUGUUAGACGAGGGACAUCCAGACCCAGACGCAGAGCUGCGCAGGAUGGAGGAGGAAGAGGAGGAGCGUCUGAGACAGCCCCCCGUCAUCCAAGAGCCUGAACCCGAGGAGCAACAUGAUCGCCACAGGAGUUCGAGAGACCACCGGGAUCGUAGGCAGGAGCAUGUAGAGGUAGAGCCCCGCUCGCGGCCCAGCCACUCAGACGAAGAGAUGGAGGAGGGCGAGGAGCAGGAUUUUGACAAUGAAGAAGAAGAAUACCCCAAUGAAAAACCACAGUUGAAGCCCACAAUGCGGCCCAUUACAGCUGCACCCUCAGUGUCAUCAGCGAGCGGCAACGUGUCUCCCAACACUCCCGGAGGAGAAGAGUCGCCGUGCGGGAUCAUCAUCCCUCACGAGAACUCGCCCCCGGACGCUCUGCCGCAGGAAGAACACCGGCCGAAGAUCGGCCUCAGCCUUAAACUGGCUGCUACAGGAAGCCCCAGCCAACCAAACGCAGGCAAGAGAAAGAAGCUGCCAGUGGACAGCGUCUUCGACAAGUUUGAUGAUGAAGAGGCUGACGAGCAGCCACGCAAACGGAAGCUGGUGCCCCUGGAUUAUGAUGACGAAAAGAGCCUCGGUGUGGACGGUGCCGGGCUCGCCAACGUAAAGGGAGGCAACACUGAGGAGAAGCACAAACACAUCAAGAGCCUGAUAGAAAAGAUUCCCACGGCAAAACCUGAGCUGUUCUCCUACCCCCUGGACUGGUCUAUGGUAGACACGACAUUAAUGGAACGACGAGUUCGGCCCUGGAUCAAUAAAAAAAUCAUAGAAUACAUCGGCGAGGAAGAAGCAACAUUAGUGGACUUUGUGUGCUCGAAGGUGAUGGCUCACAGCAUGCCGCAGAGCAUCUUGGAUGAUGUUGCUAUGGUUCUUGAUGAAGAAGCUGAGGUCUUCAUAGUGAAGAUGUGGCGGUUACUUAUUUAUGAAACCGAAGCAAAGAAAAUCGGACUGGUGAAAUAAGUAUAACCAUUGACUGAAGAGGACACCCCCAUUGUGUACAGUAGUGUAGUGAAAUCGUCACCCCAGACAGACUAACUGCAGGUUCUGCUCAUUCUCACCAGAUGUUUUUUGUUCCUUCAACACACUCGGGCUCGGGCACAGGCGCUGUGACAUUUGGAUGAAAUGAGAAUUUUGAAAGUGGUCACACUUUCACUGCAGCGGCUUGUUGGACCUGUACAUUAUUUUAUGUGAGUUUUCAAAAUCUUAAUCCAAGAUUUGGACUUGCAGUCAUGAAUGUGGACGUAAAGCUUUUUUCCAUGGGGUAUUUAUUAUGGUUUGAAGCAGCUGGAGCUUAUUUCUAAACUUCUUCCCUCAUCACAUUCCUGAUUUAAAGUUCGUUUUCACAAAAACACCUCGAUACAAAACCUCUACAGUACUUGACUCGCUUGUCAGGUCACAUCCUGACCACUAUGGGAAGAACAACUCAGAACAGGAACAGUUAUUUGAACUUGUGAAA